ACGUGGUCGCGUUCGGUUCUCUAAUCGUGUUUUUCCUCGUCUUCACCGUCGUUCGGAACGACAGAAUUUCGAGGAGAUUACUCUCGCGUGAAGUCGUUAAGGUGUGUUAGAUACCAUCUUCCGAAGCCGGCGUUUUGUUUUUGAAGCAAUCUCUGCAGAUUUCUUCAACACAACUGACUGUUUGCUGAAAUAUAUCAUCACAACCUGCCACUGCAACGAUGAAUCAACCUGUAAUCUAGGACGGCCAACCAAAAGUCACUCAAAAAUUGCCAUCAUAAAACACCGUAACCACUAGAGUGCAGCCAGCGAGUGAAUGUGUUUUUCUUCAGAAAGGGAACAAGAAAAUUUUGAAGUGAAAAAAAAAAUCAAUAAGCCACUACUGGAGAGGAAAAGGAAAGAAAAAAUGUAUAAUUUUCCAGUGAUUAGAUAAAGAAAUACCUCAACCUCAGUAACGACAAUAAAAUGUCCGAAAAAACAAGCAAGCAAGCAAGCAAAAGUGAUUCAACUAGCUCAACUCGAGAGUGAGUGAGCGUUUUUGGAAAAAAUCGGUUCAAGUGAUAUUUUUGGUUAUUUUUGUGUGGAGGGACAAAAGCAAUAAAACUUUUUUUUGGUGAAAAUUGAUUCCAGGAAAAACCGAACGUCAUUAAUCACUGUGGGAGGGGGUACUCGAAAAAAAAACGGAAACAACAAACCAAGUCUGUUUCCAAUGGUCUAAGAAUCAAUAGCUGAGCGGAACUGGAAAAGGUCGCUCGCUGAGGGAGAAUUAGCAUACCUUACCUAGCCGGGAUCGGAAGAGCUUUGACUUCUGAUGUAAAUUUGUCGUGUCCUGAAAAAAAAUUUCUGACGAAGUCUAGGAUCGUCAGACAGUUUCAGUGAAUUACAGUUAUAGUACCCAAUAGAGGGAAAAAACAGUGAAUUCUAAAGACGUAGACGACAGACGUCAAAGUAGAGUGAAGUCAAGUGAAGUGAAGUACUCUCGCUCACACGAUUUGAUUUACCGGCUUCGAGCUAGAUGUGCGUGUAAUGUGCAUUUUGAACGAAAUACAACGAAGACGAAAAAAAAAAUAUCGGUAACACCAGGAGAAGCGAGUAGCCUGACUGAGGAGGUGAUGUUGGCCUAUCGUCGCGUGCUGUCGCUAGGAAUGUCUCAGUGGUGAGCAAGAAGUGCAACCGAGCAGAAGCACACCUCGACGGAGAGAGUCGUGUUCCGAAUUCGUCGUCCAGUGUGUGCGGGGAUUAAUCGGGGGAUUUUUUGGGUGCAGACCACCACAGAUCACUGAUAAGGCGAGUGAUAACGACGUUGGAGAGUGAACUUCGGAAGAGUACUUUCGAGGAGUCGAUAGUCGAAGAAAUCAGCUGGAUAACAAAUAAACAAACAACCUAAGCAAGAUGAAACCCAGUUUGACGCACGGAUUUCUGGUGCUGCUAGCGUUGAGUAUAUGUCUGAAGGCGGCGAAAGUUCGGGGGGCAUCAUCUAGCCAUUCCGACGACGACGACCGCUAUCAUUACGAGGCCGAAGAUGGGGAGGACCAGUACGACGACGAGUAUGACGACACCUAUGACGAGGAUCCGGCGGCGGCAGUCGGCGGAAGUGGUCCUCCGAAUUCUGCCGGCCAUGACAGUGACAAAUGGCGGCACGGUAGUAGCAGUUCUACGACUUCAAGUACUACGACGACCACCCGGGCACCCCCUCCCUGGGUCAAAACGACGGAAGCUCCCCCAUUGUGGAGUGAUGAGGACGACGUUCGAGAAUUUUACUCCUGUCCAGAACCGUGUUUCUGUGAAGACGGAACCAAAUUCGUGAAUUGUAGCCACCGGUCCCUAACCGAAAUUCCGGAAAACCUUCCGAGGAAUGUUAUCCGACUAGACCUAUCGAGCAACAACAUCAAACAUGUUCCGGUGGAAGCGUUCCAGAAUUGCACCGACAUCCGGGAGAUUCGACUCGAUCACAAUGUAGUCGAGGACCUGGACAAGGAAGUGUUCCUAAAAUUGGACCGCCUCGACGUCCUAACCUUGGCCGAGAAUCAACUGUCCCAUUUGGCGGUUGAUAGCUUUGCGGCGGCACCAUCCCUAAGGAGGAUUGUUUUGAGUGAGAAUCCGUUGGUGCUGCCGGAUGAGGGACCCUUCUUAGAGCAGGAAGAGCUGGAGGAACUGGAACUGGCCCGAUGUAAUUUGACCGAGCUGAGCCAUCAAACGUUUCUGGGACUGACCAACCUGAAGUGGCUGGAUUUGGCUGGGAAUGAGUUCGAUGAGGACCUCAGCACCGAAGUCUUCGAGCCACUCGCAAAUCUUCAACGGCUACACCUUCCUCCACUAUCCGAGGACACCGUCCGGGACCUCUGCGACGUGGUAAAAUCCAUCGACGUGGUGGACAUCACCACCCACAACAUCAGCUGUUUCUACUUGGCCUCGGAAACGUCCUACGAAGAGAGCAUCAUCACCCAGAGACCGAUUACUCCGGAGCCACCACCGAAGGUGGAAGAGCCAGAAAAAGAGCGACUUAAGCCGACUAAGCAGCAGGUGAACAAGGGCCAACUUCGAGAGGAACAAGAAGCUGGUGGAAGCACCGAGGCUCCUCCGAGGAUUUCGACGAAGAAUUCCCUAAAAAUUGGAAGCAGCUCGAGUACUACCACCAGUAGUCCGAUCGUGAGUGGUCCAUCUUCUGCUUCGAUAACUCAUUCCUCGGAUGAUAACUCCAAAGACGAAGUGCGGAAGGAAGUUCAGCCAGGAUCGGUGGCUAAUGGAGAUGAGUCCUUUUUGGCUUCGCUAAGCUCCGAAACCAUGAAGCAACUGCUGAUGGGAAUCAUCGGAGCCGGAGUUCUGAUCCUGUUAAUUGGGAUCAUCUGCCGGAGGACCGGACUCAAGAAUCGAUUUUGCGGAUCUAAACGAAGGCCAGCCUCAACGGAUCAAGUUCGCCCGGCUGAGGAGGUUCCUCUCAACAAAGUAUGAGAAUUAUAACAUUCAACAACAGAGCUCCCCAAGGUUAAUGAGCAAAAAGACGACGACAUGUGUUUUUGUGAUAUUUUACUUAAAAAGUAUUAAAUUACGACGGCUUUUGGGUUCUACCGCUUUCUGGCGCGCAAUCACUUCAGAGUGUAGGUCUUCUUUUUCAAAAGGGGGGAAACUUUAAAGGGAGCAGCUGAAAAUGUUGAUAAACUAAACCAAAAAUUUAGAAAAAAAACCACAAGACUCAAAGCAUCGUAAGGGAAAAACCACUGCCAUAAAAACAUUUUAGACGGCAGAAGAACAGCACCCAUUUGGGGUAAUUUUCUGUAAGUGAUUUGCAGAGCAAAUACUUGGAAGUUGAAACCAAACAUGGUGGGGAAAAGAACAAAAACAAAUACACACACACGCGUGCGUUUUUAGUCGAAUUUCAAACAAAUCGAUUGCGGCAACUCGGCAAUGGCGUAAUUCUCCCGGAAUUAUUCGCAAUAAUCAGCCCGAAGCUUGUUUUCAUUUGUUUGUAUACAGUUUGAAGAAAUAUUUCAAAUUCAUACCAACAAACACACCACAUUCAUUGUAUGAAUGAAUGAAUGAGAGAGUGAGGUUAUGUUAUGUUUGGGUUCGGUUGAAAAAGAGAGGCAACAAAUGGUAAAGCGAAGUGACGCUGUGCGCAAUUCGAGACAAUGUAAAUAUAGUUAAGUCGAGUUUGAAUGAAGAACGUCACCAAAAGGUGUGAAUCAUAAUCACCUGAGUAGUAGGAUGAAUGACGUUUGAGCUGAGAGAGAGAUUGAGAGGUUUCGCAAAAAAAAAAAAACGUGACCAUGAAACAAAUUUGUAACACUUAAGUAGCAAAGCGAUUAGCCUAGUGGUAGAUCUUAAAACUAUAUAUAAUAUCUAGAUGACUCCACGAUUCGAUGAAGAUGAAAAAAAAUCGUGGAACAUUCCCUUCGUGAAAGCAAGCAAUCUAAUCCAAAUGAGUUUUUAUCCUUGAUAAGUAGAAUUUUGUGAAAAGUUAGGUAACUAAGCUAAAUAAGUGAAUCAAACUGUUGGAAAAUUUUUGGCGGGGAAAAUUAAACCUAACCUUAAACCCUAAUAGAACUGCGACAGCUAAAGAGUACCAAUAGCAAUUAUAGUAGAAACACCGAAAAGCAAUAUUCAUCAUCUUUGAAUAGGGAUUUUUUUCCUUUUUCGUAAGCUAAACAAACCUUCAUCGUAUUUAUUGUAAAAUAAAAGUUAGAGGAAAAUAUCACCCAAUUUGUAUACGUGGAAAUGUAGAGCAGCUUCAAAUGAAAAUAAAUAAAAUAAUCAACUCUAGAACAAUUCGAAA